GCUGGUGCCGGGAGGCCGCUUGGGAGCCCCACGAGUGGAAGCAGAGGCCGGCGUAUUCAGAGAAAGUGCUUCGGGGAAAAGGAGGGAGUGAAUUGGGAUCUCAGUGGACCUGUUGGGGUACAUUCUGCAGGUCCCCGAUGAACCCAGGGAACCCUCCACCGUAUCCGGGCCCUGGUCCGACGGCCCCGUACCCACCUUAUCCACAACAACCAAUGGGACCAGAGGGCUACCCUCCAGGACCUAUGGGGGGACCCUACCCACCUCCUCAGGGUUACCCCUACCAAGGAUACCCACAGUAUGGCUGGCAGGGCGGACCUCAGGAGCCUCCUAAAACCACAGUGUACGUGGUGGAACGGGAAAGGAAGAUGGACAUGGACACCGGGUGUCAGGCAGCCCUGGCCGCGUGUUGGACUGCCCUGUGCUGCUGCUGCCUCCUGGACAACUUGAAUUGAGCAGUUGGGACCCAAGUGCUCCCUCCAGGCCCACUGCCUUGUUACUGGAAUAAACAAUUAGUGCUGCACCA